AACCAGGCGUCAGGCAUGGCGCCCCAGGGGCGGGAUCACCUGGCCACACGGGAGUCUGCAGCUCGAAGACGAAGCCCCAACGUGCGCCACACACUCAGCCCAGAGAACCUUCGGAGUUUGUCUGAGCGCGGUGGAGCCGAUCAGUCCGGAGUAGGACUCCUCAGGGCCAACAGCGAUACAGACCUUGUCAGUUCUCAAGGGCGCUCCUCACUUACAGCAUCGAAUUUAGAAUUCACUAUGGGCCGGGGACAGAACUUAGUCAUCUCAUGGGAUAUCAAGGAAGAGGUGGAUGCUACAGAUUGGAUUGGGCUUUACCACAUAGAUGAGACCAAUCCAUCAAAUAUGUGGGACUGCAAGAACCGUGGAGUUAAUGGUUCACAGUGUGGUCAUAUCGUCUGGAGACUGGAGGCAGGACCAUACUUCCUGGAAGCUGAGACAAGGAUCUGUUUCAAAUACUACCAUGGAGUAAACGGUGCGUUGAGAGCCACAACUCCCUGUAUCGCAGUCAAGAACCCCAGAGCCUUGGCUGAAGGUCAAGGUGAGGGACAACAAGCUUCAGACAGCAGUCGAAAACUGGUCAGUUUUACCCUAUCAGAUAUCCGUGCUGUGGGGCUGAAAAAGGGGAUGUUUUUUAACCCAGACCCUUAUCUGAAGAUGAGCAUUCAUCCAGGCAAGAGAAGUUGCUUUCCGACCUUUUCUCAUCAUGGCCAAGAGCGACGAUCUGGCAUUACAACUAACACUACUAACCCUGUGUGGCAUGGAGAGAAACACACUUUUGUGGCUCUUAUGACAGAUGUCUUAGUGAUUGAGAUCAAGGACAAGUUUGCUAAAAGUCGACCGAUUAUUAAGCGCUUCCUGGGUCAGCUGAACAUCCCGGUGCAAAUGCUGCUGGAGAGGCAUGCUUCAGGAAACCAGUCUCUGAGCUUCUCUCUAUGUCGACGUUUGCCCACUGAUAAUGUGAGUGGUCAAAUGCACUUUAAAGUGGAUGUCACAUCGAUGGGCCAAGAUGAUUUUUCCCCUGAGACGAUUCUGGGGGCAACAGCCCUCAAUGGAGCUCCUGGAACCCCUUCGGAUGAUGAAGAGUUGCCCCACCCUCUCCCUGUCUCUUCAGAGAGCCCUUCCCCCACAGGCUCCCAGGGUUCCCACAGAAAUGGCGAAGUGAGUAGCAUGCCCUCCCCAGACACAGAGAUCUAUGGUGCCACUCUGGACGACGAGGCCCCUUCUUCCCCUGACCUGCUUCAAGGUUCCUUCAGUAAGCAGCUUGAUGCUAUUGAGGCCCCUAGGGGCCCGGGAGAGAGGCCUCUUGCAGCAGCUUCUCCCAAAUUGCAAUCCAGCUUUCCCACUCAUACACGCCUUAGUGCUAUGCUGCACAUCGACUCAGAUGAAGAGGAAGAAAGGUCAUCUGCUUCGGAGGCCACACUUCCAAUGUUUAAUGGCACCCCAAAAACUCAACAAAAAACCCCAAAACUUUGUAGGGAAAUUCAAGAAUCAGUGUUUGAAGGAACUGGAAAUGAACCUCCUGUAGAGGCUGGGCUGGAGUCUGAAAUGGAGACUAAGGUGGCUCCAGAGCCAGAGGUGAUGCCAAGUUCAGUGGCCCCUGAGGUGGAAACCGCCAGCCUGCUGGAGAGGCAAGAGGAGCAGGAAGUGGAAGCAGAGGAGGAGGAGGAGGAGGAGGAAAAGGGGUUGGAACCCAGUGAGGAGCUGGCAACUGAAGUUGAUAUCUCCUCAAUGGCAUCUGACAGCUGCCCGGUCCCUUUGUCCGCCUCUCAGGAGGCAGAACAGGGGGCAGAGGCAGCCAUUGACCCAGGAGGAGAAGAUCUCUCAGAUGACACACCCACAACUUAUGAGGUAGCAGAGACUGGUGAAGAAUCUCCUCCAACCAAUGAGCUAGAGGGGGAUGUGCCACAUCCAGAACCAUCAGAGAAUGAGAUCGAGGAAUGUGAAGAAGUGACUGAGGACACAAUGUCCAGGAGGUGGAGCCUGGAAGCGACAGCCGGUGUUUCACAGGAGGACGAGGAAGCAAUGCAAUCAGGGGACGGAGAAUCUGUGGAUUCUGAGACCUUUGUUACAGACACAGAAUCAGGUAUCCCUCAGAUAAAUGGAGAUCAGUGCAUUCCCUCUCUGCCAUCUGUAAGACAAGACAUUCACCGAUACCAGCGUGUGGAAGAGCCCUUACCUCCCAACUGGGAGGCUCGUAUCGACAGUCAUGGCCGUAUCUUCUUUGUGGAUCAUGUGAACCGCACCACCACAUGGCAGAGACCCACUGGCCCACCCACCCCUCAAGGUCUGACGCGCUCCAGCUCCAUACUGCAGAUGGAACAGCUCAACCGCAGGUAUCAGAGUAUUCAAAGGACGAUGACCAGUGAGAGGUCUGAGGAGCAGAGAGUGGGCAAUCCCCCUCCUGAAGAGACUGAUUUACUGCCUCUCUCUAUCUGUGAAUAUCGUAGGGAUGGCUUGAUGGGUCAGGCCAGCUCACAUUCUCGUCUGGCUUUGCUGCUUCAGUCUCCUGGUGCAAAGUUCCUCUCCAGUCCCGAAUUCUUCUCUGUUCUGCAUUCUAAUCCUAGUGCCUAUCACAUGUUCACAAAUAACACCUGUCUGAAGCACAUGAUCAGUAAAGUUCGGCGGGACGCACAGCACUUUGAGCGUUAUCAGCAUAACCGGGACCUCGUCAACUUUCUCAAUCUGUUCUCCAACAAGCAGCUGGAGCUGCCACGGGGCUGGGAGAUGAAACAUGACCACACUGGCAAGGCUUUCUUCGUGGAUCAUAACUGUCGUGCCACAACAUUUAUUGAACCGCGAUUGCCCUUACAGAACUCUCGGUCCAGUGGCCUACUAGUCCACCGACAGCACCUCUCCCGCCAGCGUAGCCACAGUGUAGGAGAGGUAGCAGAUGACUCCCGCUCUCCAAGUCCAACUGUCCAGGGUCGGUCAAGAAACAGUCAGGACUUGGUGCCUGUUGCCUAUAAUGAGAAGAUUGUUGCCUUUCUUCGGCAACCCAACAUUUUUGAGAUUCUACAAGAGAGACAGCCAGAGCUCGUGAGAAACCACUCCCUUAGGGAGAAGGUUCAAUUCAUCCGCAAUGAGGGGCCAUCUGGGUUAACCCGUCUGUCUAGCGAUGCAGACCUUGUUAUGUUACUUAGCCUGUUUGAAGAGGAAGUGAUGUUGUAUGUGCCGCCCAAUGCCUUACUGCUCUCCAGCUACUGUCAUCCCUCCCCACAGAGCUCCCCUGGUACAUCUCGAGCAAAUGCCCGAGCCCCUGCGCCCUACAAGCGUGAUUUUGAGGCCAAACUAAGAAGCUUUUACCGCAAACUGGAGAACAAGGGCUACGGGCAGGGGCCAGGAAAAGUGAAGUUGAAAAUUAGAAGAGAUCAUCUGCUGGAGGAUGCUUUCAACCAGAUCAUGUGCUUUUCUCGCAAAGACCUCCAGAGAAGCAAGCUUUACGUCAGCUUUGUGGGAGAAGAGGGAUUGGACUAUAGUGGCCCAUCCAGAGAAUUCUUCUUCCUGGUUUCCCGUGAGCUCUUUAAUCCAUACUAUGGACUUUUUGAAUACUCAGCUAAUGACACUUACACUGUGCAGAUCAGCCCAAUGUCAGCAUUUGUGGACAACCAUCAUGAGUGGUUCCGGUUCAGUGGGCGAAUUCUGGGUCUUGCUCUAAUUCAUCAGUACUUGUUGGAUGCAUUCUUCACACGACCCUUCUACAAAGGCCUUCUUCGCAUCCCAUGUGAUCUGAGUGAUCUGGAAUUUCUGGAUGAGGAAUUCCAUCAGAGUCUGCAGUGGAUGAAGGACAAUGACAUUGAGGAUAUGCUGGAUCUCACAUUUACUGUUAACGAGGAGGUGUUUGGACAGAUCACAGAGCGUGAGCUGAAGCCGGGUGGAUCUGGCAUCCCUGUGUCCGACAAGAACAAGAAAGAGUACAUUGAACGCAUGGUGAAAUGGAGGAUUGAGAGGGGUGUGGCCCAGCAGACAGAGAGUCUUGUGCGGGGAUUCUAUGAGGUGGUGGAUGUCCGACUCGUCUCAGUGUUUGAUGCCCGUGAGCUGGAGCUGGUCAUUGCUGGAACAGCAGAGAUUGACCUGUCAGACUGGAGAAACAAUACAGAAUACAGAGGAGGUUACUAUGACAACCACAUAGUGAUUAGAUGGUUCUGGGCUGCAGUGGAGCGUUUCAAUAAUGAACAGAGACUCAGACUUCUUCAGUUUGUUACUGGCACUUCCAGCAUUCCCUAUGAGGGCUUCGCCUCUCUGCGGGGCAGUAACGGCCCACGUCGAUUCUGCAUGGAGAAAUGGGGCAAAGUCACCUCCCUACCACGGGCUCACACCUGCUUUAACCGCCUGGAUCUGCCUCCUUAUUCCUCCUUCUCCAUGCUCUACGAGAAAAUGCUCACUGCUGUGGAAGAAACCAGCACCUUUGGACUGGAGUGAGCUCCCAACACCACCAUCACAAAAGUGCUAUCAAAACAACUUGGCUCACCUUGUAGUACUUUUACUCCACUAUGGCCUUCUUUACUGGAGACUUACAUCAUAGUUAUAUCCAGAGUCUGCAGAUCUGGAAUAUAUGCCAUCAAAUGACUCGCUGCACUCAAGUGCCAAUUCCUGGUCUAUACUGUACUGAACGCCAACUGUGACUUCUUUCUAGUCCUCACAAAGAAAACAUGCAAACUUACAUAUUCAGAGACAUCAGAGCUGAAGUCCUGAUCAUAUGAUUUCAGUCUUAGCUAUUGGACUGGUUAAGGUCAGUACGUUUUGGUCUGGGUUGUAGCAUUCUCUGGUCUUUCCCAAAGGUUUCAGAUAGCGCCACAUUAAUUCAAGUCCAAGUUCUUUACAGUUAUCUAGUCACUUUGAUGUAGCUCAUUCUAUGUCCAGAGGGUUUAAAAUUACAACCCUAUGAUGUUUUGUUUUUUCUGCAGUUCUUUGUCAUCGUCAGCUGAUUUCAAUCAAUAUGUACUGUUUAUUUUGUUGCUCUUGUUUUGGCUGGUUUGACUGCUAGCAAUGAUUUCUGGUUGAGGUCUUUAUUUCGAGGGAUCGGUCUAUGGGGCUAGACUAAUGAUUAUUGACUAUUUCAAUCUGAAUUGUGUUCAUUGAAAUAGAGCUGUUCAGUCGUGAUGUCAAUUUGAAGGCAAACCCAAAAGUCUAAUUCUCCAUGGGUUCCCUCUGCAUUUUCCAAUGGGUUUCUAUAAUGGGGUUAUUCAACUUACGAGUAAAAUAAGGUCUGUGGUAAUCAUGACUUCUUUCUACAACAUAAAUUGCACACUUUCAUACCUCAAAUGUACAUUUUGAAGCUGUCGUGUGUUUAAAAAAAGUGUACAAUUCAAUACAGCUUCAAAAUUCACGUUUGAUGUAUGACUGUGUCAGUAUGACACGUAUCAUCAAGUGAUGUUCACCUGCACCACAGACCUUAAGCUGCGUACACACUGCCAGCGACAUCGCGCGUGACAGCGAAUCCAUACCAUUCAUUUUCAAUGAGAGCAACCGGCGACACGAGCUGUCGUGACCGUUGGCGACUAGAUGUGGGCGUGUCCAGCGACGCAACAAAGUUGAGACAAGUUCAACUUUAUUCAAAUGAAGAGCGACUAACGGAAGCGACAGCCAAUAGCAGAGAAGACGGGAGAGCUCAUGUGAUCCUUCUCUCUCUCUCUCUCUCUCAGCUCCUGCAGUAAUGGAAAGAUGGAUGAAAGGCUAAUUCUUGCUGUUAGCAGUUUUCCAGUGCUCUAUGAUAUGGAUACGGUAUAUCCAGCCGCAGUUCUUGCACCAGCCAGUGGUACUCGCCGUGCUGACUCCAUAAAUUGCACACUUUCAUACCUCAAAUGUUAAUUUUGAAUGGAUUUGUGGACCCAGACAGACCGCCGUUUGCGUUUUCCCCACAGAUAAACAGCCGCUAUGGCAAACAGCAUGCCUUGUUUCUCAUUCAUCUUUGAUAUAAAGCAUUUUAUGUACUGAUUGCAUUUAUAUUUAGUCUUUUCCCUCCAAAAUGUUUGCUUUUAGCACCAAGAAAAGUGAUUCGCUGUCAACAGCAAUGAAAUGACAUCCGUGAAUGUCAUUUAUAAACAUUACUAGGCAACCAGUAGUGGGAACACCCACUAGCGACUUCACCGCCAGCCACUGGCGACCUGCAGCGACAAAGUCACUGGCAGUGUGUACGCAGCUUUAUUUUCCUCAUACGUUGAAGGAACCCAUGACGAAUCCUCUUCCGGGACUACAACCUUAGCAGCCCUAUUCUGUCAUAUUAUAUUUAACAAAAUGUAACAUGUUUGUGCUGUAUUUUAUACAUUUGGAUUUUUUAACAGAAGAUAUUUUUUUUUAGAGGUGGAAUUAGCUGUAAAUAUAUUUAGUUGUAAAAUUACAGAUUCAAAUUUUCAGGUUUUAAAAAUAAAUUCAGAACUCCAAAUAAAAAUCUUUCAAAUUCAGAUUUCAGAUUGUAAACAAACUAGGCCAAAGGUCAAGCUUCCGGGUAUAUGUACAGAUAAUUCCAUCUCUAAAAAAAAAUUAUAAACAAAACAUAUGCUGUUUAAAAAUAUAAAUGUAUACAAUAUUUUAAAAACAUCACAAACGUUUUCAAUGUUGUUAAAUGUUUGUCUUUUAUUGAUCUUGGCUGCAGCUCUGAAAACACAAUAAGCUGAUUUUCCCAUCUAACAGAAAAUAAAACGCAUAAUAACACCACAUAGCAUGUAAACACACCUCUAGAUGUCCAUGCACCAAAUGUAGUGAUGCCAGCAUAGUGGUUGCAAGUUUGGGCUGGUAACCCAAUGGCUCUGGGUUCAAACCAUGGAAAGCGUGAACCAUUAAAUAGAGAGUUGCAAGUGUCUCCAUUGUGCUCCUGAGCAAAGCACUUAUCCAACCAAUACAAUUACAAACAGUCCGAGGAUUACACUUUGAUGUCUGCUAAACUACAAAUAACUAGCAAACACUCACUACCGUAACACAUUUUUAAUCCACUUCUCAUCCUCGCACCCCACAAAUAUCACUGAAAAAAAAACAACUAUGAAUGUAGAAGCACGGAUCACCAUGUGCAAUAUGUGUAAAGUAUUUUUGGAUAUUAUUCAUUUAGGAGGGGUUGUUCCAAACUGUAGUAACAGAGACACAAACAGCGGCCUUGAAAUUAUUUUUAUUAAACUGGGUAUUGUAAAUAGCAUAUGGUAAUAUGUGCAGUCCACUGGAGUUGCUUAAAUCAGGGCUGUAGAAGUUAAAACCAGUCCUGACUGGCUGGUAAACAAGUUACUAUGGAAAAUAAAGGAAAGUGAAAGAAAGGAAAACAUGAUGCUGGGAAUCCCCUCCAAAAGUGUUGUAGCCUGGUUAGGGAGCAUCAAAGCAAGUGGUGUGAGGUGUUAUGGAAAUAUCGUCGAUUAUAUAACAAUUAGAAAAAUCUUUGAGCAGGAUGUUUCUUUAAAGGGACAGUUCACUCAAAAAUGAUAAUUCUGUCAUCAUUUACUCACCCUCAUGCCAUCCCAGAUUUGUAUGACUUUCUUUCAUCUGCAGAACGAAGAUUUUUAGAUUAAUACUGCAGCUCUGUAGGUCCUCACAAUGUAAGUGAAUGGUGACUGAAACUUUGAAGCUCCAAAAGCACAUAAAGGCAGCAUAAAAGCAAUCCAAAAGACUCCAGUGGUUUAAUCCAUGUCUUCAGAAGUAAUAUGAUAGAUAAGUGUGAGAAACAGAUCAAUAUUUAAGACCUUUUUUACUAUAAAUCUCAACUUUUGUUUUUGGCAAUUCACAUUCAUUGUGCAUAUCGCCACCUACUGGGCAGGGAGAAGAAUAUAUUGUAAAAAUGUACUUAAAUAUACAGGUGUAGAUCUGUUUCUCACCCACACCUAUCAUAUCGCUUCUGAAGACAUGGAUUUAACCACUGGAGCCAUAUGGUUUCAUUUUAUGCUGCCUUUUAUAUGCUUUUUGGACCUUUAAAAAUGUGUCCAACAUUCACUUGCAUCGUGAGGACCCACAGAGCUGAGAUAUUCUCCUAGAAAUAUUUGUGUUCAGUAGAAGAAAGAAAUUCAUACACAUCGGUGAUGGCAUGAGGGUGAGUAAAUGAUAAGAGAAUUAGUAUUUCUGGGUGAACUAUAGCUUUAAUGAACCACAAAUCGAAUCCUUUGUUUAUACUUAAUUACACAAAAAUCGCAGGUGAUGAUAAAAUUGUAAUGUCUCAUAUUUGGGUGAGAAUUUGCAACCCUGGUUUACAGAAACGUCAUUUCUUUUUCACCUGUCUGUGAUCCCCAAACCCCGCCACACACACACACACACACACACACACACACACACACACACACACUCUCUACAAUACACCAAAUUACACAUUCACUCCACACGAAUGCUGAUCUGGCCAAAGCACAGAUCCUAGGACCUGGCUUAAUCAAAUCAGCAGUGCUCCUUUCUCUAUGUAAUUGAUCUUUGGAUUAAAUGCUGCAUGCAGGGUCAAAAAGCAGUACCUAAGUUUGACCCUUAAAUGGCGUAGUGUCAUAGCUUGAUAUUGCAUGCUGGAACUAGUGAAACAACAGGAGUCCAGAUUAGCUUUAUUUGCAUGAGG